GGCCUCCUCUUAUGCUAGAAGUUCCAUUGCCCGUCAUUUGGGCAAGGGUUGAGCAUUGGGUAGCUGAGUAGUGGAAGGUAUCCUUGGGCAGGUAGAAUGGACUCAGACUGAAGGCCUUAGAAUGUCAAGCUCAAGUAUUUAGCUUUUUUAUUCUGUUAGUGGAGAGCACCUCAGCGUUUGAGGAGAAGGGUAUGAUGUUAAUAACUAACACUUGUUGACAGGCAUUGUUCAGAGCUGUUUGCAACUCACUGAAUCCUCCCAAGGACUCGUAGGGAGGCAGGUAGUUGAGGAGCCUUAUUUUAAAGAAGAGGAAGACCCAGGGUCCACGGGGUUAAGGAAUUUUACUUCGUAGGUGACACAGCUAGAGCCCGGUGGCCAGAAUUCAAACCGGAACAAGCUGACUAUGCUAUAUAGUCUCUUUCCUGAAAGAUGAAUUUGUUGAAAACAUUAACGCUAGUAUUAUACGCUUCUACUUCUUCCACAUCGUUUGUCAUAGAUGAAAUAGAAGGUGGUGGGCGGAAGAUGAAGACGGAAUGAACAGGGCUUAGAUUUGCUAAUUUGGAACCAGAAGGAUGAGAGAUUCUGAACUUCUAGUGUGGGUAGCUACAUCAAGCUGGGAGGCAGGCAGAUCCAAAGGAUAUCAUGAAGUUUCCAGGGCCUUUGGAGAACCAGAGAUUGUCUUUCCUGUUGGAAAAGGCAAUCUCUAGGGAAGCCCAGAUGUGGAAAGUGAAUGUGCCGAAAAUGCCUACCAAUCAGAAUGUUUCUCCGUCCCAGAGGGAUGAAGUGAUUCAGUGGCUGGCCAAACUCAAGUACCAAUUCAACCUUUACCCAGAAACAUUUGCUUUGGCUAGCAGUCUUUUGGACAGGUUUUUAGCUACUGUAAAGGCCCACCCAAAAUACUUGAGUUGUAUUGCAAUCAGCUGUUUUUUCCUAGCUGCCAAGACUGUUGAGGAGGAUGAGAGAAUUCCAGUACUGAAGGUGUUGGCAAGAGACAGUUUCUGUGGAUGUUCUUCAUCUGAAAUUCUGAGGAUGGAGAGAAUUAUUCUGGAUAAAUUGAAUUGGGAUCUUCACACAGCUACACCAUUGGAUUUUCUUCACAUUUUCCACGCCAUUGCAGUGUCAGCUAGGCCUCAGUUACUUUUCAGUUUGCCCAAACUGAGCCCAUCUCAACAUUUGGCAGUCCUUACCAAGCAACUCCUUCACUGUAUGGCCUGCAACCAACUUCUGCAAUUCAAAGGAUCUAUGCUUGCUCUGGCCAUGAUUAGUUUGGAAAUGGAGAAACUCAUUCCUGAUUGGCUUCCUCUUACAAUUGAACUGCUUCAGAAAGCACAGAUGGCUAGCUCCCAGCUGAUCCACUGUCGGGAGCUUGUGGCACAUCACCUCUCUUCUCUGCAGUCUUCCCUGCCUCUGAAUUCCGUUUAUGUCUACCGUCCCCUCAAGCACACCCUGGUGACCUGUGACAAAGGAGUGUUCAGAUUACAUCCCUCCUCUGUCCCAGGCCCAGAUUUAGAUUUCUCCAAGGACAACAGCAAACCAGAAGUGCCAGUCAGAGGUGCAGCAGCCUUCUACCAUCAUCUCCCCGCUGCCAGUGGGUGCAAGCAUACCUCUGCUAAACGCAAAGUAGAGGAAAUGGAAGUGGAUGACUUCUAUGAUGGAAUCAAACGGCUCUAUAAUGAAGAUAAUGUCUCAGAAAAUGUGGGUUCUGUAUGUGGCACUGACCUAUCAAGGCAAGAGGGACAUGCUUCUCCUUGUCCACCUUUGCAGCCAGUUUCUGUCAUGUAGCUUCAAGUGUUACCUUCAAUUGCAAACCAAGGUAGACUACUCUGGGACAGGAACAUGGAAAACCAGGAAAGGUUCUAUAAAGGUAUAUACCUUAUCAGGCCAAUUUGAAGUGAGCCAGAAAAAAAAACCAGUUUACUUGUGUGGCAGAUUAAAUGCUUAAAUAAUGUUGAUUAUAAAGACCAAAAAUUAGAAAAUUCAAAAAAGAUCAAUUUUUUAAGUUAAAUUUUUGUAGUGUUUGUCAGUUCCAUCCUUUUCUCUACUAAAAUGGAAUGGAGAUUGACCCCGUGUCAGAAAUUCAGUGUUUUAAGUUCCAAAAUUCACCACACACUCUGUCACCAGCAUCCUGAUUUAAUUUUCCUCAUUUUUGCUUGCUUGUUUAUUGAAUACUUAAUGAACUUUAUGCAUGUUGAUCUGUAGCCUGACUUCCACCGGUUAGGAAAUCCUCAAAAUUAUUUUUUAGCAAUUUAGUAAGUAAAUUAUUUCAGUGUGACAGCCAUGUUUGAUCCAUGAUUCAAAUUAAUCCAAAAAGGGUACUUUAAAAUUGCCCCAUAUGAAUGAGGUGGUAAUAGAAAAAGGACUGACAUUACCACAUUGAUUUUGUGUUUCUCAUUUCAAUUCCUGCAGUUUGGAAACAAAAUUAUCAUUUUUAUUUUUGUUUCUCAAAUUGAAGCUUAAAAGUGGCAUGUAAUUAAGAUAUGCUUAGAUUUGUUGAAAGCAUUUUUGACAUUUGUAUAAAAGAAUUUGUGAUAAAGUUAAUGUACCCAGGUGCUCACCAAAGAAACGUGUAACAACUAAGUUUUUUGUUUGUUUUUUUUUUUUUUUGGUAACUGAUCUGUUUUCAUUCAUUUGUAAUCAGUAGGAGAGACUGUCUAGAUGUUGGGGCAGCUCUAUGAUUUGGGUCUGUAACAUGUGAUAACUGAAUUCAGUACCCUAGAUUUAUGUUCAGCUAUUAGGAUUUUCUUGAUGAAAGUUAUUCACCCUCCCUGUAUUUCUCUUAAUGUCUUCUGGAUUCACAGCUCCCUGUGCAGUCUGAAGAAGGUACUGCGGUCAAAACCAUGUGCUGAUGAUAAAAGCCUCUGGUAGCAAUAAAAGUUGUCCUUCACCUUUGUA